AACUGCAGUUGUAGUUCCCCCGGUGGCCAUAAGGGGGCCAUACUAAAGCGGCACUCACGUUGACUACAUUUCCCAGCAGACACAGCGGCAGUGUGACACUCACAGUGGAGGUAGACAUGGCGGCUCUCAGACCUCUAUCCAGGAUCGGCAGACUGGCCUCCGGCAUCUGCAGGAACCAUCGUUUGAUUUGUGACACACGGAGACGAGGCGUAGCUUCAUGCGUCGACCCCGCUCAUGGACUCACAGACGAACAAAAGGAGUUUCAAAAAGUGGCUUUUGACUUUGCAGCCAAUGAAAUGGCUCCACACAUGGCCGAGUGGGACGAGAAGGAAAUGUUUCCAGUAGAGACGAUGCGAAAGGCAGCACAGUUGGGGUUUGGAGGGAUCUACGUUCAGCCGGAUGUUGGAGGGUCGGGUCUUUCUCGGCUCGACACGUCGGUCAUCUUCGAGGCCUUGUCCACAGGAUGUGUCAGCACCACAGCGUACAUCAGUAUCCACAACAUGUGUGCGUGGAUGAUCGACACCUUUGGGAAUACUGAGCAGAGGGAGAGGUUCUGUCCUGAUCUCUGCUCCAUGGAAAAGUUUGCCUCCUAUUGUCUCACUGAACCAGGCAGUGGCAGUGACGCUGCUUCACUUCUGACCACUGCACAGCUGAAAGGUGACCAUUACAUCCUGAAUGGUUCAAAGGCCUUCAUCAGUGGAGGAGGAGACACAGACGUCUAUGUAGUGAUGUGCAGAACAGGCGGUAAAGGACCGAAAGGCAUCUCUUGUUUGGUGGUAGAGAAGGGAACCCCGGGCCUCAGCUUUGGCAAAAAAGAAAAGAAGGUGGGCUGGAACUCGCAGCCGACCAGAGCGGUCAUACUUGAGGAUUGUGCCGUUCCAGUGACCAACCGGCUCGGUGAGGAGGGACAAGGAUUCAAUAUCGCCAUGAAAGGCCUGAAUGGAGGCAGGAUUAACAUUGCGUCCUGUUCUCUUGGGGCAGCACAUGCCUGCGUGCAGCUAGCGAGGGAUCAUCUAUUGGUACGCAAGCAGUUUGGAGAGACGCUCUCCAACAACCAGUUUCUUCAGUUCAAAUUGGCAGAAAUGGCCACCAAGUUAGUUGCGUCUCGCCUUAUAGUGCGCGAAGCUGCGACGGCCCUGCAGGAGAACCGGUCCGAUGCAUCUUCUCUCUGCGCCAUGGCCAAGCUCUUUGCCACAGAUGAGUGCUUUAAUAUCUGUAACCAGGCUCUUCAGAUGCACGGUGGGUACGGUUACCUCAAAGACUACGCAGUGCAGCAGUUUGUCCGGGACAUCCGAGUACACCAAAUCCUCGAGGGCACAAACGAGGUGAUGAGGAUGAUCGUCUCCCGAAAUCUGCUGACAGAGUCGUGAUUCACCUUUUCCCUGGAUCUUCACUAGUGACCAUGUUGUUAUGGUCUUCAUCUUUGUUACUGUGUGACUGGUUCCCUGAAAUAACUGGUUGCCCUCUGCGUCGUAGGUUUUCUAAAGGUGACAAAGGUUAUUGGAAGAUCUGGUGUAAACCAGCCAGUAAAAUGUAGACUUUUGCUACUCUUGUGGCGAGGCUUGAGGGAGGGCAACAUUGAUUCUUAAUUAAUUAUAAUCCAGAGUGAUAUACUUGAGUAAAUAAUGCAGAUUCCCAAGAAAAUGUUGUGAAAAGGGUUGAAAAGGGCAAUCCUGUUCAAAAUGUCCACAUGUGCAACAUUUCCUUUUAAAGUAUUGACCGAAUUUCAUGCUACACCUUUGAAUAAAUGCUAAUAUAGCAUCUUAAAAUGCUUAAUAUUAGCAUCCAGCUCAAGUAUAAUUGAAGUAGAUAAAGCACAUUUAAGUACAGAGUGUGGCUGAUGAAAGUCUGACAAUGUUCAUCUGAGCCUCAUGGUAGCCACGAGUCAUCCUAACCAGUAGGUAAAGUAAAUAGUUGGUGAGAUGUUUCAGACAUUGCCUUCCCUAGAGCCACGCUGCUAGCAGAGCUAAUAAAAAAAAA